GGCACACCGACUAUACCCACAACAUAACAAGUAAGCGUCAUGGUCAUAAAUGAUACUCAAAACGCAUCCGAUAUAUUUACAGUGAGGUUAGGCCUAUAUAUGAUUUGAUUAGAGAUAAGGUUUGAUGGCUUGAUGGGUUCUUAGUUUAAAAUAUUUUGGAGAGAAAACUAAGAAUGAGUGAUGAUAACUGUGCAACUUAUGUAACUUAUGUAUAACCGCGUAUUUCUUUCAGCCUAUUUGCAAUAGUGAAAACUAGAACAAGUUAACCUUUGUCGUCCGCCUUAACUCGGGCUUUUCGUACUCUUAUUACACAACGUUAAAGGUCCGCGUUGGCAUGUAUAGUAAAACGCUAUUUCGGGUCGGAAUACAUUGCAGAUUUGCACAAAUAUUACGCUUUUUGUACUUUUCUUUUUGCCUUUCUCUUAUCGGCGAAUGGAAUUGGCUGGGAGUGUAGAAGCUGUGUUGUUUGGCUCCCCCGGAGUUGAAGCCGUCCUUGUGCAUACUCUGCAUGUCACAGGAUUUGGUCUCUCCUCUCUUUCUGUAGCUGUUGUAGGACUGGCUAUGUCCACCGCUACUUCCGGGUUCCGUCAUUUCAGUCUCCCGCCGAUCAGCGCAGCAAACUGACUCUGUUCUAUAAGCAAGCUAGCAGCCAACCUGCCAACACUCGCUGACACUCACUCAUCUCAGACCGCGAGAUAGACUAAAUACCUACGGGGGAAAGGAAAGAUCUGAAUUGCAAUCUCUUAAUUUCUUUUUCUUUUUACAUUAAUAAUAAAACAAGAUAGCGAUCCGGAGGCACAAAGUGGACGCGGACUUGCUGGAUGAAAACGGGCAAAAAAAAUUCACCCUCUCUUGAACAUCAUCACCAAACAUCAUUCAUUCAUUACCUUGACAACUCCUGGCUUUGAUUGACAGUUGGAGUGGCAAAAAGCCAUGAGACACGACAGUUUAGUUACAUGCAGGUUGUUGAUGGGCCGAUUGUAACCUUCAGGUGCUGCUUUCAUUUUUUUGGGGGGGAGAGGAAAACAAGAAAAAUUGCACAACUCCUGAUGCUUCGGCUUGUACUCUACCACAUUGGAGAAUAGGAGAAUUUGCAAAGAAAAGUUGGUUGAAAAAGGAAUCCUACCAGUAAAUCACUUUCUAACCGGACUGGGAUAUUAAAUAUACGACACAUCCAGGAGUUUAUUGGAGAGCAGCCUGAUGGCGCAAAGGUACGAUGAGCUGGCCCAUUAUGGUGGGAUGGACGGAGUCGGGCUCCCGGCGUCUAUGUACGGAGAUCCGCAUGCUCCACGGCCGCUACCCCAAGUCCAUCACUUGAACCAUGGACCACCGAUCCAUGCCAGCCAGCACUACGGUGCUCAUGCACCCCAUCCCAGCGUUAUGCCCAACAGCAUGGGCUCCGCUGUCAACGAUGUUUUAAAGAGGGAUAAAGAUCAAAUUUAUGGUCACCCAUUAUUCCCGCUGCUCGCGCUGGUUUUUGAGAAGUGCGAGCUGGCGACGUGCACUCCGAGGGAGCCAGGGGUAGCAGGCGGCGAUGUCUGCUCCUCCGACUCCUUCAACGAGGACAUCGCAGUCUUUGCCAAACAGGUCCGAGCAGAAAAACCUUUAUUUUCAUCAAAUCCAGAGUUGGACAAUUUGAUGAUACAAGCCAUACAAGUAUUACGAUUUCACCUUUUAGAAUUAGAAAAGGUGCACGAGCUCUGCGACAAUUUUUGCCACCGGUACAUCAGUUGUUUGAAAGGAAAAAUGCCAAUAGAUCUAGUUAUUGACGAGCGGGAUGGCAGCUCGAAGUCAGACCAUGAAGAGCUCUCAGGAUCUUCGACCAACCUAGCCGAUCACAACCCAGCUUCCUGGAGAGACCACGAUGACGCCACCUCCACACACUCGGCCGGCACACCAGGGCCCUCCAGCGGGGGCCACGCUUCACAGAGCGGUGACAACAGCAGCGAGCAAGAUGGUUUAGAGAACAGCGUGGCGUCCCCUGGCACAGGCGAUGACGACGACCCGGACAAGGAGAAGAAGAGACAGAAGAAGCGCGGUAUCUUCCCCAAGGUGGCCACCAACAUCAUGAGGGCGUGGCUGUUCCAGCAUCUCACGCACCCGUACCCCUCUGAAGAACAGAAAAAGCAGCUAGCCCAAGACACAGGCCUCACCAUCUUACAAGUAAACAACUGGUGAGUCAAGUCUUCAUAUCCUAUCUCUGCCACCAGCAUCGCUCUGCCUUUCAUUUUCAAAAGCCUUUUCCUCCCUCUUCCCACUCAGCAGCCAAGAUGGCUAAGACUCCUAAAGUGUGAAAACCGUUUAUGUACACUCCCCCCUCCUAACACACACAUACUCACACACAGACAGAUACAGACACACACACACAUACAAACACACACACACACACUACCUCUGUGGCAUCCCUGAAUGCGAGCUAUCAGGAUGUUACGGCUUUAUCUACAAAGUGUUUAGCAUUAAGUCACCGGUCUCUGCUGUUUGAUAUACAUAUAUUCCCUUUGAUAUGGAUAAAGGAAAAAGGAGCGAUCAUACACUACCCCCCCCCACC